CCUCCUGGGCCAUGGAGAAUCUGGCACGGAUGAAGAAAUGGGGGAGCUCAGAAUCACGGGAAUCUCAGGACCUGCCUCAAGAGGACUCCUGCUCAGACCCCCUAGAUGGAGACCCUAACUACAGGCCAGCUCCAUCCAAGCCCCACAGCUUCCCCACAGCCAAGAGCCGCAGCCGACUCUUUGGCAAGGGUGACUCAGAGGACACAUCCCUCAUGGACUGCUCUUAUGAGGAAGGCCAGCUGGCAUCCUGCCCAGCCAUCACCAUCAGCCCUGUAGUCAUCAUCCAGAGGCCUGGGGAUGGCCCCACCUGUGUCAGGCAGCUGUCCCAGGACUCUGCUGCCACUGAGAACCUCAAGCUCUACGAUCGCAGGAAGAUCUUUGAAGCAGUUGCUCAGAAUAACUGUGAGGAGCUGGAGAGCCUGCUGCUCUUCCUGCAGAAGAGCAAGAAGCAUCUCAUGGACAGCGAGUUCAAAGACCCAGAGACAGGGAAGACCUGCCUGCUGAAAGCCAUGCUCAACCUUCACAACGGGCAGAACGACACCAUCCCCCUGCUCCUGGAGAUAGCCCGGCAGACGGACAGCCUGAAGGAGCUCGUCAACGCCAGCUACACGGACAGCUACUACAAGGGCCAGACAGCGCUGCACAUAGCCAUCGAGAGGCGGAACAUGGCGCUGGUGACCCUGCUGGUGGAGAACGGGGCCGAUGUCCAGGCUGCAGCCAACGGGGACUUCUUUAAGAAAACCAAAGGGCGACCUGGCUUCUAUUUUGGUGAGCUGCCCCUCUCCCUGGCCGCGUGCACCAACCAGCUGGGCAUCGUGAGGUUCCUGCUGCAGAACUCCUGGCAGCCAGCUGACAUCAGUGCCAGGGACUCAGUGGGCAACACGGUUCUGCACGCGCUGGUGGAGGUGGCCGACAACACGGCUGACAACACCAAGUUCGUGACGAGCAUGUACAAUGAGAUUCUGAUCCUGGGGGCCAAAAUCCACCCUACACUGAAGCUGGAGGAGCUCACCAACAAGAAGGGGCUGACGCCGCUGGCUCUGGCCGCCCGGAGUGGGAAGAUCGGGGUCUUGGCUUAUAUUCUUCAGAGGGAGAUCCAGGAGCCUGAGUGUAGGCACCUGUCCAGAAAGUUCACCGAGUGGGCUUACGGGCCUGUGCACUCCUCACUCUACGACCUGUCCUGUAUCGACACCUGUGAGAAGAACUCGGUGCUGGAGGUGAUCGCCUACAGUAGCAGCGAGACCCCUAAUCGCCAUGACAUGCUCUUGGUGGAGCCGCUGAACCGCCUCCUGCAGGACAAGUGGGACAGAUUCGUCAAGCGCAUCUUCUACUUCAACUUCUUCGUCUACUGCUUGUAUAUGAUCAUCUUCACCACGGUCGCCUACUACAGACCUGCGGGAGGCCGGCCUCCCUUUAAGCCAAAACACACUGUAGGGGACUAUUUCCGAAUCACUGGAGAGAUUAUUUCUGUGGCAGGUGGUAUCUACUUUUUUUCCCGAGGGAUUCAGUAUUUCCUGCAAAGGCGGCCGUCGCUGAAGACCUUGUUUGUGGACAGCUAUAGUGAGAUGCUUUUCUUCAUGCAGUCGCUGUUCAUGCUGGCGACCGUGGUGUUGUACUUCUGCCACCGCAAGGAGUACGUGGCCUCCAUGGUGUUCUCCCUGGCCAUGGGCUGGACCAACAUGCUCUACUACACCCGCGGCUUCCAGCAGAUGGGCAUCUAUGCCGUCAUGAUCGAGAAGAUGAUCCUCAGAGACCUGUGUCGCUUCAUGUUUGUGUACCUCGUGUUCCUGUUCGGGUUUUCCACAGCGGUGGUGACGCUGAUUGAGGAUGAAAGGAAUGACUCUGUGUCGGUCGAGUCGUCGCCACACAGGUGGCGAGGGCACGGCUGCCGGUCGGCCGACAGCUACAACAGCCUGUACUCCACGUGUCUGGAGCUGUUCAAGUUCACCAUCGGCAUGGGGGACCUGGAAUUCACCGAGAACUAUGACUUCAAGGCUGUCUUUGUCAUCCUGUUGCUGGCCUACGUGAUUCUCACGUACAUCCUCCUGCUCAACAUGCUGAUCGCCCUCAUGGGCGAGACGGUCAACAAGAUUGCGCAGGAGAGCAAGAACAUCUGGAAGCUGCAGAGAGCCAUCACCAUCCUAGACACGGAGAAGAGCUUCCUCAAGUGUAUGAGGAAGGCCUUUCGCUCAGGCAAGCUGCUGCAGGUGGGGUACACACCUGAUGGCAAGGACGACUACAGGUGGUGUUUCAGGGUGGACGAGGUGAACUGGACCACCUGGAACACCAACGUGGGCAUCAUCAACGAAGACCCGGGCAACUGUGAGGGCAUCAAGCGCACCCUGAGCUUCUCCCUGCGGUCAAGCCGAGUUGCAGGGAGGAACUGGAAGAACUUUGCCCUGGUUCCCCUCUUAAGAGAUGCAAGUACUCGAGAAAGGCACCCUGCCCAGCCUGAAGAAGUUCACCUGAGGCACUUCACAGGGUCCCUCAAGCCCGAAGAUGCUGAGAUCAUCAACGAUUCUGCGGCUUUAGGGGAGAAGUGAGGGACUGCACAGGGUGCUCUCGGCCCUGUGGGCCUUGGGUACCCCACUGCCACUGGUGAUGGGCAUGUAGGGGCCUCUAGGGAUGUCUCAGCAACCUGGCCCCACCAGCGUCGCCUCCCAGCCUUUACUGGACCGCACGGGACAAGCUGUGGGAGGUGUUGCUGGAUGCCCAGGAAGAGUCAUCCAACCUUCGCUGUCCCCAGCUGCAUCUCCUAAGACAAAAGGAUCUCGCUUUCUGGGGUUUACUGACUUUAUCAAACAUGCGAAUGAGAAGUCUCCACAUGCGCGUAUGCAAUGCCCCUUUGAUUUUCUAUUCCUAGGAGUGAAAGGCAGCGAAGCCCAGGGAAACACCUCUGAGAACAAAAUGCUUCCUUUGAGAUAAAAUGCCGAAGCGCCUGUCUGAAUCGUGCUUAGUAUCUCCCCUGUCCAGAGUGGUCUGGGAUGGUGAUGGUUGCUCAGCUGGAGAAGGUGGGGGAACCUGGCCCCCUUCCCAGCUCUGCCAGAACCAGGUGUUUCUGGAGUGACUCCCUUCUCCUAUGUGAUGCAUCAUAGUUCCAAAAAUAUUAGCUCUGCUGCUGCUGCUGCUAAGUCGCUUCAGUCGUGUCCGACUCUGUGCCACCCCAUAGAUGGCAGCCCACCAGGCUCCCCCAUCCCUGCUGUUCAAAUAAAAGUAUGGGACCAUGUCCCAAAACCAUGUGGCAAGAAUUUUUUUAAUAAUCUUCCAUCUAUAGUGGCCAUAGUCCCUGCUUGCCUGCAGUGGUACCUAUUUCCAUCUCCACUCAACUUGCCAUCCAUCAAAUAAAUACAGAAAUAAACAUAUAUGUCAUAUCAAGUG